UGUCGGACACGACACGUCAAGAUUUUUAAAGUGUAAUGAUUUAUUAUUCCUAUUUUCUUCUAUUCAAGCUUGGUGCGUCUUAGUCGCUGCAAUAAUGACUUCGUAAUUUUUUCUUGUUGGUAGUUAAUGACUUUGUAUUUUUGUAUAACGAUGGCGAGUGGCGGCAGAGAUUCGAACGACAUGAGUAUCGAAGGAGAAUAUGCUGCCAAGAUUCCAGAGGCUCCCCGGAGCAAUUCCAUCCUCAAUGUUGGGUUUGGAGGCUUUAACAGGAAGUCUUGAUCACUUCAGUUUUGAAGAUUAUCUUAAUGGGUCUUACAACCAUCUUCUGGGGACAAAUAAUCCUACAAAAACAAGUUGGCCUGAGCUGGUUGGAGUCACUGCAGAAGAAGCAGAGAAAAAGAUAAAAGAGGAGAUGGCUGGGGUUGAAAUUCAAGUGGUGUUUCCCGGUUAUUCUGUCACUUUUGAUUACAAAAUCCAGCGAGUUCGAUUGUAUGUUGAUGAAUCAAAAAAGCCAAUAUUCCUUCAAAGAUGCUUAGACUACAACAUAAAGGCUAAGCACAAGAGGAGGUAAAAGUUAUCAUAUUUACCCUUCCUUAUCCUACUUUCUCUCUUUAAUAGAUUUAUGUCAGUUAUAUGCCAUAUGUCCUUGGGGUAAUACUUGCAUAGUUCAGUUUUUAUUUUCAACAAUUUUAUCAGGGUCACCUGACCUAAUUGUUUUGCUUCCUUCAUUUCUGUUUCAGUUGACUCCCUCAAAUCAUGAAUCUCACCUUCAUCUUCCUCAGCGGAGUAAAUAUUUUUCAAGAUUCUUAUACCUUACUCUUCCCUUCCCUGUUACAUGUUAAAGAAUUAACCAUAGAUUGUGGAACCCUUGGUGCAUGGAGACUAUAUAAUGGUGGAAAGAAUCAUUGUUCUAUGCUGAGAAAUCGAAUGCUAGCGAACCCUUCUUUUCUUUUUAAAGUUGGAGCUGAGAUUAUUAUAGACUCUUGUUGUGCAACGUUUGCGGAGGUUCAGAGAAGAGGGAAGGAUUUUUGGGCUGAAUUUGAGUUGUACGCUGCUGAUCUUCUGGUUGGAGUGGCUGUUGACAUUGCUUUGGUGGGUAUGUUAGCACCUUAUGCUCGAAUUGGCAAGCCUUCUGUGUCAAAAGGUUUACUUGGUCGCUUUCAACAUGCUUGUGCAGCUCUUCCUAGCAGUCACAUCCAUAUUUCUCUCAUGUAAGGGCAGCAGAAAGUAGCAGAAGGAGGACACAGUAGCUUGAUUACGUAUGGAUCUAUAAACUUGAGUUUAUAUAUUUGGGAAUGUAUUAUAAUAUCCUAGCUCGUGCCUUGGAUAUCUUCUGUUUAUUAUAGUUUAGUUUUCUUGUGGAGUGUAACAACAUUAUAUUCAGUUG